CGCAACGAAUGGCGGGCGUCAAACGACGUCUCGUUUUUAUCCUUCUCACCUGCCUUCUGCUCGCUUACAACGCGGCAGCUGACUCUCAUCUGAUCAAUCCUAAUAGAAUUGAAUGUGGAAACUUCACGUACGACCGAACGACGGACACUUGCUGUCACACGGACUGUGCAGGAGGAACAUGCCGUGGCCCGGGAGCCAAAGAAUGCGUUGGAAAGUGUGCCACUUGGACGGAGGGUGGUGGUCCUGUAGAAGUUAUCGAGGGGAAAGGAGUCUACUUGACAGAUGAUGACGUUGGAACCGGAUCUAUGACGCAGAGGGCGGUAGUGAUCGUCCAUGAAACUCCUGUGGCAGAUAGCCAGGAUCUCGUCCUUAGCGUGGAUCUUACGGAUUAUUCGGACUUGAGCCAAUCUUAUGACAAAGUCGAACGAAGGCUUGAAAUUUGGGGAGAAGCUAUGCCGUCUGUGUACGAGAAAAUACUCAACAAAGUUACAUUCGACAAUAAAGCGGCUAAGCCAAGUGAAGGCACUAGACAAGUCUGUAUGGCUGCAUCUGAUGGAAAACAUUCAAGUACUACGUUCUGUAUCAACGUUGGUGUACAGUUAGUCAACAACCAUCCUCCAGUAGUGGAUGCAACAGCUAGUGGGAUGCCUUACCAAGAGGAAGGAGAUGCAGUUCCAGUUCUUAGCGAUCUGGUUAUCACAGAUUUAGACCAUCCAAAUUUGCCAGAGUUUUACAUGCAAAGUGCAACGGUGACAGUUGUGGGUGGAGCUGCAACAGAUGAAGUAGACGUUAAUGUUUCACAAAGCAAUGGUGCCAUAACUAUUCCCCAAGGCAACGGGAAGACUGCAGUUGUUCUUCACGGUCCUGCUCCUUUGAGUGUAUUCCGGACAGUUCUGUUAACAACAAAAUUCAGAUCGACUGAUGAUGAGCCAGACUUGACUGCAAGAGAGAUUCGAUUUGAAAUUAAUGAUGGGAACUUUCAAAGCUCUGACAGUGUCCAAGUGGAAGUACGAGGUAUAAAUGAUCAAAAGCCAGAGAUCAUGCAUGGAUCAACUGACAGCCCAUUCGAUGAAAUAAGAAGAAUACCAACAGAGAUUGUUCCUAACCUUGAAUUGGAUGACCCAGACAAAGAUCCUGUUGAUUACAUUUUUAAUGUCACUGUGUCGAUAUGUCAGGAUGGUGUCUGUCCAGACAGGAUAGACUGGUCACCAGACAUUGCAUUUGAGACUUUGAAUGUGACAAGAGAUACACCGCUUCAAGUGUCAUAUGAUCAACAAAAUGGAAGAUAUGAUUACACUCAAUUAGUUAUCACAGGGAAACGAGAAAACACUGAAUAUCAGCGAGUGCUUCGAACACUAGUGUAUGCUAACAAACGUGUCAACAUCAGCUGUCCAAUCAAUCGAAUCAUAUACAUUACGGCAUCAGAUGGAAGGAAUACUGGAAGUGCAAGAGCAACUGUCAGGAUAGAGUUCAUCAAUGAUCAUCCUCCUGUUGUGUUUGCCACUUCAGUGUCAUUUAUGUUCAAAGAAGAUGAUGGCACAGGAGUAAAGUUUGCUCCUGACAUUAAAUUAAGUGACCCUGAUGAGCGCUGCAACACCAGUAUUCUCAAAGAACUUCAAUUCCAAGUUCACAACUAUGAUGAUGGUAAUGAAAUAAUGGCAGUCGACGAAAUAUUGGCAGAACAGCUAGGUAUCGAACAUAAGUUGGAAGUACAAGGUGUCCUCAUAGUGUUGUUAUUAAAUGGAGUUGCAGAGACAAAAGACUACCAAAAAUUGGCUCGAACUGUGACAUACCAGAAUACGCGAGAUGAGCCAACUCUUAUCAGACGGGACAUUACGGUUCGAGCAGGAGAUGGUGAAAAGCUUAGCAACAUUAUUCACAUCAAUGUAUCAAUUGUGUCAAAGAACGAUCAGGAACCACAACUUCAGCUUCGUGAAUCAAGUUUCACAUAUACAGAAAAUGGACCCGAUGUCAUGCUUGGACCUGCCAUUUUAACUGACGCUGACAGUACACCAAAAGAUCGUAAUAUUAUUUGGAUGUCUGUUACUCUGAGGAACAAAAAAGAUGGAGAUAAAGAAGACUUGAAGUUUGAUAAUACUAUUGUAGGACGUGAAAAUGCCAUUGAUGUUGGAGCUGAUGAAGACGGAUUUCGUAUUGAAGCCUUUGACCAGAUAAAUGGAGCACCAAUUGAGCUAUUUGGUGAAGUAAUUAAUUCUACUUAUUACUCAAAUGCUGCAAAGAAUCCAGAACCAACUGGUGAGCCUACAGCUGGAAAUCGUGAAGUUGUUUUCCAGUUUGCCAGCAAUGUUGAAAAUGGUGAAGACCCUCCACAGACAGAGCGCACGUUUGUUCUCACUGUAGAAUUGAUUAAUGACAAUCCUCCUGUUGUGGACCUUGACAAUACUAUGGCUGGGACUGGGUUCUCAACUAUAUUCACAGAAGAAAGUGGUACUGCUGUUCCUCUGUCUAAUGGUUUGAAGGUUACUGACAUUGAUGUUCUACCAAACACGAACAUAACAACAGCUACUAUAACAGUAGAGGGUGGUGGUGCAGAGCACCACAUUGAUGUUGUUGACGCUCAAAGUUUACUGGGAAUUUCUGGUCAAGGCACACAUGUGGUCAUACUAAAUAAUAGUCAACCAAGUAGUGUUUAUGAAAGAGUUCUUGGUACAGCUACAUAUUGGAACAGUGCAAAUGAACCGAAUGCAUCCAUGUUUAACAUUCAGUUCGAAGUUCAAGAUGCAGAUGAUAAGCAAAGUGACAUAGCAGAAGCACAAGUACACAUAAAUUUUAUCUGUGAUCCACUGGUGCUCCUGCUUGAUCAAUCAAACACAAACUACAGCACUACUUUCUCUGAAUUGGACAGAAUUCCUGUCAAAGUAGUCAACUCAACUAGCAUACAUCUGUCUGAUGUAGAUGCAGAAGAAAUAGUAAGAGGAACCAUCACUGUUGUGGGCUUUCAGUCUCAUUGGAUGGAUUCUCUUCAAGUUCUUGGUGCUGAUGGCAGUGCAAUGAAUAGCUACCAAGGAGUGACAAUAAGUUACGAAAAUGGUCAGCUAAGUUUUGAAGGAGAAGCUACACUUCAAGUGUAUGAGAACAUACUAAAGAAAGUUCAUUACAGCAACCCAGAUCCUUGUCCACCAUCACUAUCUGUUUUACUAAAAUUUGACUUCAUAGAUGAUUGUGGGGCUCAUAAUGCACCAGUCUAUACAAACAUAUCCAUUGAUCCUGGCAAUGAUCCACCAACCAUUGAUCUUGAUACUACCACAAGUCAAGAUCCAUUGCAGUUAACAUACCAGUUCUUUGGGGUAGAGAAUACGGACCCACAACCUCUUGUUCUCUUUGAGCGUGCUGCUUUGGAUGAUUGUGAUACUAUGCAUUCGAUGGAAUAUCUUUAUAUCAUCAUGAGUGAGGCUGGUGAUCUGGAAACUAAUGAAGAAUGGUUGGAAUUUGACUUGAAUGGCACUGCAUUGCAAGUUCGUAACAUGAGUAACAACUUCGAGAUAACGUAUAUGGUGAUGCCAUUAUUUAAUACUACUGUGCCUCCGAGUGACUUCCAAAUGGUACUCAGGAAGGUGAAGUACAGGAAUGUUGCCAAAAAACCUUUUGAGACAUCAAGGGAGUUGACAGUACAAGCUUCUGAUGGCAAUAGGACUGAAACAGCAUCAGCUAUUCUGUCCUUGGAUCGUGUUCCAUUGGGACCAAACAUCACAUUAGGAAUGACUUCAUUUGACUACUUUGUACGAAAUCCUGUAAUUCCACUUCUACUCUUGCAAGACAGUGGGUUUAACAUUGAGCUGGGAGACGUAAAGUUUUUCAAACAAGUGGUCAUUACCAUCACCAAUCCUGCUAUCGAGAAUGGAAUGCUUGUAGACCAUUUGAUACCUCCUGCUAACAAUUUGCUUCCAUCUGGCUGGGAAGUAGUAGGUAAUUUUACAGACGAGUUAACAAUGCAAUCUCAAGGUGUAUCACAGGCAACUGAAGACCAAAUUCGCAGUAUGCUUAUUGAUGUCCAAUUCAUCAGUAAUGCAGUUCGUCGCCAUGAUGUCAGAAUGGUCACUCUCGUGGCAUUUGACUUAGUGCGUCCUGGUAAUACUGAGAAGAUUACAAUUGAUGUAGAGCCACUAAAUGAUCCUCCAACAGUUACAGUUGAAAGUGGCAACCCACGAUUCCAAGAGGGAGGAAGUCCAGUCUUAAUUUAUUCUCAAGUGAAUAUCACAGAUGUAGAUGAUGACACGUUGGAUAAUGUCAAAAUUGUGCUAACAGUCAAUGCUUCAACAAAGACAUGCAAUGGUGGAGGGCCUGGAGAUACAUCAACACUACCAGAAGACUUAAAUGAUUGUGCUAGUGGAACAGACAAUAACAUUUUAGCAGAAUGCUUGGGCUUUGCGGGCAGUGUAUCUCAUUUUGAAACAGACUACUUCUACGAACUUAAUUCUCUGACCCUGACUAUCAGCAGCAGUAGUGACACCACACGCAGAUCCAAGGCUGACUAUGAAGAGUUGCUAGUGACAUUGACAUAUGAAAACACUGCCACCAAUCCAGACAAUGCAGAUCGCAUGUUGUCUCUAACAGUCAAUGAUGGAAAGGCUGUUUCUGAACCUCCACAGAAUGUCUACGUGCAUCUUCUAGUGCAAAAUGACAACCCACCUACCCUUACCAUAUCACAGGAUACAGCUGAAUUCAAUGAAGGAGAAAGCACACCGCAGCCACUUAUACUAGCUAGCUCAACUGUAACAAUUGAUGACACCGACUGUGGUGCAAUUGUGACCAAAGCAGAAGUUUCACUGCCUGAAAGAAUAUCCAGCGAGUCUCUUACUCUAACUGGAUUCACAUCACCAACAGCAACAUUUGAUGACACUACUGGUACUCUCACUAUUGAUGGAGAAGCCAACUAUGAGGUUAUAUUGAAGGGUGUUGAGUACUUAAACACUGCUGAUGAGCCUGGUCCUGAUGACAGAACAGUAACAUACAGAGUGUUUGAUGGCACCCACUGGAGUGCUCUUGAAUCACUUUCAGUUACAUUUUUAUUUAUGAAUGACAAUGAACCCUUUCUAGAUCUGGAUGCUGACUUACCUGGUACUGGUUACAGUACACAGUUUAGUGAAGGAGGUGGGGAAGUCCCUAUUGCAGCCACAAAUAAAAUUCAAGCAACUGAUGAGGACAUCAAUACAUUAAUACAUUCAGUUUCAGUGACAUUGUCAGGUACGAAGGAUGGAUCAGAAGAGGAGAUACGAACCGAUCGAACAGACUAUGCUUUGGCGAAACCGACAGCAACCACAUUCAAGUUCACAUUUACAAACCCUAAAACUUUAUCUCAGACAGAAGCAUUCAUAGAGACUCUGCGAUAUACGAAUGAUCAUACCGAUCCCACACAAGGAGUACGCACAGCUCAAGUAACAAUAAAUGAUGGCGAAUUUGACAGCAAUGAAGCAGAGGCUACUAUUGUAGUCGACGCAACAAAUGAUAAUCCACCAACGUUUCCAUCAUCUACUUACUCUGGCACAGUGGAAGAGAAUUCAGGCAAUGGUGUAUCUGUUGUAACAGUAACAGCUCAAGAUGCUGAUGGAGAUGCUCUUACUUAUUCUAUCAUUAAUGGCAACACUGGUGGAGUGUUCACUAUUGCUGCAAAUACGGGUGUAAUCACAACAACAGGUGCGACUAUAGACUUUGAGACUCAAGAAACAUAUACCCUGACUGUACAGGCAUAUGAUGGUAAUUUCACUGCUAGUACAUCUGUCUCUAUUGCGGUUACAGACGAAAAUGAUAAUUGUCCUACAUUUUCUGAUGGAACAACACACACAAAGACAAUACCAUCAACUACAGCUGUCAACUCAAUUGUAAUCACUCUGGCAGUCAGUGAUGCCGAUACUUCUACUGUGUUUCAGCUGGCAAUCACUAGUGGAAACAAUGAUGGACUGUUUGGUAUCAGUGAAAACAAUGUGACUGUUGCUUCUAGCCUAUCAAGCAGCCAGUUUACUUCUUACACAUUAAAUGUCAGACUGACAGACUCUACAUUGUCCUCGUGCUCUCAAGUUGCGACAGUCACCAUUGUCAUUCUGUCACCAAGCUCAGCGUUUGAUUUUGCUGUAAACGAAGGACAAAAUUCUGGUACAACAGUUGGAAAAAUAAUCAGUGAUCCAGGGUUUCCUCAAACAACCUAUACAAUUACCAAUCCUCCAUCAGCUCCAUUUGCGAUAGAUACAAGCUCACAGAUUACUACAACUGCAGUUCUAGAUAGAGAAACUACUGAUGAGUACACGCUUACCAUCACAUUUAGCGUACAGUCAAGUUCAGUUACAAUCACGGUCACAAUUACUGUAAAUGACAUAAAUGACCAGACUCCACAGUUUUCAUCACCAUCCUACAGUGGAAGCAUACAAGAAGGUACAAGUGGCAACAUCACUGUAGGAUUGUCUGCUUCUGAUGGGGACAUUGGGGUCAACGCUGCAUUUACGUUUAACAUUUCUGGAACGAAUGUAUUUGGUGUUCAGCAAAGUGGCAAUACAGGUGUCAUCACAGUAGUGGGAGAUCUGGACUACGAAAGCCAGUGUUCCUACACAUUCCAAGUAAUUGCCACUGAUAAUGGUGGUCUUGAAGCAACAGCUACUGUCGAGAUAACAGUAACAAAUGUAAAUGAGUAUGCACCCACGUUUCAAUCCUUUAGUAAUCCUGUUAUAUCCGAUGCUUUCGUGCCUAAUGAUUUUGUCAUGACCAUUACUGCUACUGAUCCAGACAAAUGUCCAACACAGAGCAGUGCAGCUGGAACAGUUACAUACGGUAUUGAAGGAAGUGCUGGAUCGUACAGAAUAGAAGCUGGAACAGGUGUUAUUCGUGUAAAUACAGCUGUCUCGGUUGGUAUGACAACAAUCACGGUACGAGCCAGUGACAAUGAUGGCACAGGAAUGACUGCAGACCGGGAAGUUACAAUCACUGUUGAAGAAUUAAAAAGUCCAGUAGUAGAUUUAAAUGGAGGAGAAAGUGGUGUUGAUGUCGCUGUCACGUUGUCAGAAAGUGAUCCACCAGAAGUAGCAUUAGUAGAAUCUGGUGUAAGUGGUGUGGUGCAGAGUGAUGUCUCUUUGAACAACGUUACAAUCCAAAUCACUAAUCCAGUUGAUGGAGCCCAUGAAAUGCUUGAUGCUUCUCCAUCUUCAUCAUCAGGGAUAUCGAAAUCAUAUGAUUCCAAUACUCACACUCUGACACUGAGUGGAGUAGCGACAGGGACUCAGUAUGCUGAUGCACUGAAGACAGUCAAAUACAAGCAUUCACUGAUGACGGAUGUAUUGCAGGUUUCUCGUGAAAGUCUAAUCCAAGACAGGGCAAUUGAGGUAAAAGCUACAAAUGUCAAUGAUGUUGAUGGUGUGCCAGCUACUGCCACUGUAUCACUGGAAGCUACUGUUAAAUGCCAAAAUAUAAAUGAGAUAGUAAUCACAGACCCAGCUGGACUGAGCAAAUAUUCCAGCAUUUCUAGAAUUAAGUGCAGCUUCAGAAUUAGAUGCGAAAAUACACUCGUGUGUAAUAUUGAGUCGCUUUCUUCAUUGAAACUCUUGCAGGCAAUCGAAGGAGAACUGGAAAUUUCAAAUACACGCUUGACAACUCUAUAUGGAUUGAACAACAUUCAAUCAUUUGAUGGUUUAAUGCUAACCAACAAUCCAGAUCUAGAAACAACAAGUGACCUUCGAAAUGAAACCACUAAUAGAAAAAGAAAACGAAGAGAUGGACAUAUAAUCCAACUCACCGGGCAAGUCAUGAUUCGGGCCUGUGGUUUUCUGAAAGAUGUUCUUGGUCUCAAGGGCAUUUCAGCGAUAGCAGGAAAUGUUGUGUUGGAAGAUAAUUCGCUAUUUGCUGGAGUAAUGGGAAUGGCAGAUGUUACAAGAAUAGAUGGAAACUUAAACAUCAUAGGAAACAAUGAACUUCCAAAUCUCAUGGGACUGAACUCACUGACUACCAUCGGAGGUGAAUUCAACCUGCAGACCAAUAAUGCUCUUACAACUGUAACAGGUCUAGAAAAGCUACAGGAAAUCGGGAAGCGUUUCGUUGUGUCCAGUAACUUGGUAUUGCAGAACCUCAAACCUCUGACAGAGGCUCAGCAAUCUAUAAGUGGUGAUACACCAAUCGGUUCAGUUGGUGAACAGAUCUUUUUUGUGGGGAAUACAAUCAUGUGCACGGACUUGAACUUUUGGAAGAAUCUUCAAGCAGUACUUGCUAUUCCAGAACCUCCUUCAUGUUCAUGAAGAAACAACUGAAACACAUGCUGACAUGAGUUGCUUGGCGUAUUGUUUAGAAUCAGUAUGCUUGUUUUAGUGGUAAUGACAUUCUGCUUGAAGCGCAGAUGGUUGCUUAUUGUAGUUAGUUGCUGUUUGUAGUGAAGCAUGUUAAUGAACACUGCUGUUCUUUUGUGUUCAUUUAGUCAUAUGGCUGUAGUGAAGUAUUGCAAUGAGAUGGCUAACAAAGCAUUACAGAAAGCAA